AUGAAGAUCUUAAUCAGCAGUUCCAUGCUUGUCAUUCUUCUAGCUUUGAUUUCAGGUUUCAUACAAGCAAAUGCAGCGGUAGAAUAUUUCUGGUGCAACACCCCAGGACGCCGAUGCUAUGGGAAGUAUGUAAAGUGCCCAGACGAAUGCCCCAACACUUCCUCGGAAAAUCCCAAAGCUAAAGUUUGCUAUGUCAAUUGUAAUUCUCCACAUUGCAAGCCCGAGUGCAAGCGCCGUAAAGCCGAUUGUAACACUCCAGGAUCGGCAUGCUAUGACCCCCGUUUCAUUGGUGGUGACGGUGUUGUCUUCUAUUUCCAUGGCAAGAGCAAUGAACAUUUCAGCUUAGUUUCAGAUUCCAAUCUUCAGAUUAAUGGACGCUUCAUUGGCCAUAGACCUGCAGGCAGAACUAGGGACUUCACGUGGAUUGAAGCCCUGGGCAUCCUUUUAAACUCUCACGUCUUCUCUCUAGAGGCAAAAAAGGCAGCCACUUGGGAUGGUGAAAUUGACCACCUGAAGUUUACCUACAAUGGGGAGGAAUUGGACAUUCCUGAAGGCUCCCUCUCUACCUGGUACUCCCCAGAGAAAGAUGUCAAAGUGGAGAGAGUGUCAAGCAAGAACAGAGUCAUAGUCACCUUGAAAGACACUGCAGAGAUUUUGGUGAAUGUGGUGCCAGUGACUAAAGAAGAUGACAGAGUCCAUAAAUACCAAGUGCCUGCUAAUGAUUGCUUUGUCCAUUUGGAAGUGCAAUUUAGGUUCCUCAACCUGUCCCCUAAGGUUGAUGGAGUAUUGGGCAGAACUUAUAGGCCUGAUUUUGAGAAUCCAGUAAAGCCUGGUGUGGCGAUGCCAGUUCUGGGAGAUGAAAAGAAGUAUAAAACCUCAUCCCUUCUCUCUACCGAUUGUCAAUCUUGCAUCUUCUCUCAAGAUGACUCAGACCAAGAGACCUCAUCGGUGAUUGAUUCUGGCAUCCUUGACUGCACCCACGGGGCUUCUGCAGGUUACGGAAUUGUUUGCAGAAAGUAAAAAAUACCAAAGAAAUUGUGGCUUGCCAAGUACAGAACAAUAGAAGCUUCAGGUUGCUUCUAGUCUAUAAGUAAUGGUGGCUGCUAGUUUAUGUGGUUUAAAGUGUGUGGAUUCCAUUUGAAAAUGUAUUGAAAAAUAAUUAAAUUGAAUUAAUAGAAUAAACUUAUUGUUUUUACUGUUCCA